CGGCGCGCCGCCCUCCCCACGCCGCCGCCGCCGCCGCCGCCGCCGUCAGACAUGCUUCUUCUCCAGAAACACGUCCUCCUCCUCUCUCUCCGUCCCCGCGCCACGAGUGCCCUACUCGCGUUCCGCCACCGAUGCCCCUUCUCCAACACCCGAUUCACCGCCGCCGCCGCCGUGGCAGCGUCGGCUAGCCCUGCCCCGUUCGCCGUGGAGGACUACCUCGUAGCAUCCUGCCACCUCACCCCGGCGCAGGCCGUGAAGGCCUCCAAGGUCCUCUCCCGCCUCAAGUCCCCCUCCAAGCCCGAAGCCGUCCUCGCCUUCCUCGCCGACCUCGGCCUCUCCGACGACGACGUCGCCGCCGUCGUCGUGUACGACCCCCUCCUCCUCUGCUCCGAGGUCGACAAGACUCUGGCCCCGCGCCUCGCGGAGCUCCGGGACCUCGGGCUCUCCCCGUCCCAGAUCGCCCGCCUCGUCCUGGUCGACCCCGCCCGCUUCCGCCGCCCCACCAUCAUCUCCAAGCUGCAGUACUACGUCCCCCUCUUCGGCUCCUUCGAGAACCUCCUCCAGGCGCUCAAGUACAACUCCUACCUCCUCAGCUCCGACCUCGAGAACGUCGUCAAGCCCAACGUCGCGCUCCUCCGGGAGUGCGGGCUAGGUGACUGUGAUAUUGCCAAGCUCUGCGUGCCCGUGCCGAGGCUGCUCACCAGCAAGCCGGAGCGCAUCCAGGCGAUGGUGGCGCGUGCCGAGGAUGUCGGUGUGCCCCGUGGCUCUGCGAUGUUCAGGCACGCGCUGCUGGCCGUCGCAUUCCUCAGCGAGGAGAAGAUUGCUGCCAAGGUGGAGUUCCUGAAGAAGACUUUCAGGUGGUCGGAAGCUGAGGUGGCCAUCGCUGUCGCCAAGCUUCCGGUGGUGCUGAGGAACUCCCAGGAGAGGCUGCUGCGCAUGUCGGAAUUCUUGAUGUCCGAGGUCGGGUUAGAGCCGGAGUACAUCGCUCACAGGCCGGCAAUGCUCACAUAUAGCUUAGAGGCCCGGCUCAAACCUCGGUACUACGUUGUGAAGUUUCUUAAAGAAAAGGGGUUGCUAAAGCCUCACCGAAGCUUCUACACCGCAGCCCAGGUGAGCGAGAAGGUAUUCGUGGAGAAGUUCAUACACCCUCACAAGGAAGCUGCGCCUCGCCUCGCUGAAGACUACGCUGCCAUUCUCAAAGGGGAAGUUCCCACUAGAUUCAGAUUGCAAUAACCAGGAACGGGCUUGAAUAGUAUUUAACUGCUUUUUCACAAUGAAGUUUUCACUCUGGUGUCUGCACAGCAAGCUGGCAAGUCCUGUUUCUGUGUUGUUUUUCUGACAUUCUAACUGGAUGUUUGGUGUCCACUAUAUAGUAUGGUACUUGCACUUUUGGUAGUUGCUAAUAUUUUCUGAAUUCGAGUAUGGUUUGUUCGUCA